GGUACAACAAGGAGUUAAAACCAGCCAUCUUGCUGAAAGGAGUUAAGCCAUCUCAUUCUGGGAUGUCCAAUUGAAUAUGAAGAAGCUACAAAGCCCUUCUUCUUCUUCUUCUUCUUCUUCACUAGCUUUUGCUCAGUCUUUAGGGUUUCUCUACUGCUUUAUUUUCUUUCUUUCAAUUCGCAACUCCGCUGCUCAAAAUGCUACUACUGACCCAGCUGAAGUGAGAGCAUUAAACGAGAUAUUCCGAGGGUGGGAUACACAAUCUACGAAUUCAUGGAAUAUAAGUGGAGAUCCAUGUACUGGAACUGCCAUUGACGAAUCUGAUUUAGAAGCUCCAGCUAACAAUCCUUCUAUCAAAUGCGACUGUUCCUUCGACAGUAACUCUACUUGCCACAUUACUCGACUGAGAGUUUUUUCUCUGAACAAACGAGGGGUGAUUCCAGAAACACUUCUAGUUCUGAAACACCUAAUUUUUCUGAAACUUGACAAAAAUUACUUCAUGGGUCCCUUGCCUGCGUUUAUUGGAAAUUUAACCGCCCUAAGGACUUUGGCCGUUGCUCACAACGCAUUUUCGGGACCCAUCCCAAAGGAAAUUGGAAACCUUAAGGACCUAACUUUAUUGUCACUUGGUGUAAACAAUUUUUCUGGAACACUUCCUCCUGAACUAGGAAAUUUGGUCAAACUGGAGCAAUUGUAUAUUAAUAGUUGUGGAUUAAAUGGUGAAAUUCCCUCAACUUUUGCCAAUUUGACAAGGAUUAGAAUCCUGUGGGCAUUCGAUAAUCCUUUCACUGGCAAUAUACCAAACUUCAUUGGGACCUGGACAGAGCUUACAACACUGAGAUUGCAAGGGAAUUCUUUUGAAGGUCCAAUACCAUCCAGCUUUUCUAACUUGGUUUCAAUGAAAUCUCUACGCAUCAGUGAUUUACAUAAUGUGAGCUCUACUCUUGAUUUUAUCAAGAAUUUGAAGAAUUUGACUGACUUGAAUUUGAGGAAUGCAUUGAUCACUGAUACUAUUCCGCCUAAUAUCGGAGAAUAUCGAAAUUUAGAAAUAUUGGAUUUAAGCUUUAACAACAUAACAGGUCAAAUUCCAAAUGAUCUAUUCAGUUUGAGUUCUCUCGAGUACUUGUUUCUUGGAAACAAUAGCCUCUCUGGAACCCUUCCUAACGAAAAAAGUGAUAUUCUUCAAACUAUAGAUUUAUCUUACAAUAAUCUUUCAGGAAGCUUUCCUACAUGGGUAAACUCAAAUCUACAAUUGAACUUAGUAGCCAAUAACUUUGUAUUUGAUCGCUCAAAUAUCAGUGUUAUUCCAGGAUUGAAUUGUCUGCAAAGAAAUUUCCCUUGCAAUAGGAAUACUCCACGUUAUGCAAAUUUUUCGAUCAAGUGCGGUGGCCCAGAGAUGAGAGUCGGUAGCAUAUUGUAUGAAGCCGAAAAUUCUUCCCUGGGUGCAGCAUCAAUUCAUGCAACUAGUACCCAAAAAUGGGCAGUCAGUAUCACAGGCUUAUAUAAUGAUAGACAGAAUCCAUCUUAUGUUGAAGAUACCCAAUCACAAGUGACCAGUACCAACACUCCAGAACUUUAUCUGACUUCAAGAAUCUCCCCAGGUUCAAUUAGAUAUUAUGGCCUAGGUCUUGAAAAUGGGCCUUACACCAUAAGCCUAUUAUUUGCAGAAACAGCAUUAAAACAUAGAAGCUCGCAAAUUUGGGAGAGCAAUGGAAGGCGUGUCUUUGACAUCUAUAUUCAGGGACGCCGCGAGUUGAAGGACUUUGACAUAUCAAAGGAGGCAGGUGGGGUUGAGAUAGCGAUUACAAAGAGAUUUAAUAUUACUGUUAGUGAGAACUAUCUCGAAAUUCAUUUAUUUUGGGCUGGUAAGGGGACCUGUUGCACGCCGAUACAAGGUUAUUAUGGACCAAUCAUUUCAGCUCUAAGUGUUGUUUCAGCUUUUAGACCAACAGUUAGUGGAAUACCACCUAAUACUCAGAAAAGAAGCAAGACAGGGUUGAUUGUUGGUAUUGCUGUCUCUGUUGGAGUCGUGAGCCUCAUGCUAAUAUUUGCAAUGUUUUACAUCAAAGUACAAGCAGGAAAGCGUGAUGAGGAAGUUCUCUCUGGAAUAGGCUCUAGACCUAUCACUUUUAGUUAUGCCGAAUUGAGAACAGCUACUAAAGGCUUUUGUCCCUUAAAUAAGUUAGGAGAAGGAGGGUAUGGUCCUGUAUAUAAGGGUAUCCUUAUUGAUGGAAGGGAAGUAGCAGUGAAGCAACUUUCAUUGGCAUCUCAUCAGGGGAAGGAUCAAUUUAUAACUGAGAUUGCUAUGAUAUCUGCAGUUCAGCAUCGCAAUCUUGUAAGACUGUAUGGCUGCUGCAUUGAAGGGAAUAGGCGUCUCUUGGUUUAUGAAUAUCUAAAAAACAAGAGCCUUGAUCAGGCACUCUUUGGGAACACUAGCUUGCAUCUUGAUUGGCCAACCCGAUUCAAUAUAUGCUUAGGAACUGCUAGAGGGCUAGCUUAUCUUCAUGAGGAAUCGAGGCCGAGGAUUGUGCAUCGAGAUGUGAAGGCAAGUAAUAUUUUGCUUGAUGAAGAACUCUGCCCCAAAUUAUCAGAUUUCGGAUUAGCAAAGUUGUAUGAUGACAAGAAAACCCACAUCAGCACUCGAAUUGCAGGGACCAUUGGCUAUAUGGCUCCUGAGUAUGCAAUGCGUGGACAUCUAACAGAGAAAGCAGAUGUUUUUAGCUUUGGCGUUCUUGCUUUAGAAGUCCUUAGUGGAAUACCAAACUUCGAGAGUAACUUAAUGGAGAAAAAGAUAUAUCUUCUUGGAUGGGCAUGGAAUCUGUAUGAAAAUAACCAAAGCUUGGCACUACUAGAUCCGAAUUUAAUCGGGUUUGAUGAAAAUGAAGCUUUUCGAGUUAUAGGAGUUGCCCUCUUGUGUACUCAGGCAUCACCCCUAAUGCGACCAUCAAUGUCGCGUGUUGUGGCUAUGCUUUCUGGAGAUAUUGAAAUUAGUACUGUUACAUCAAAACCAAGCUAUUUGAGUGAUUGGGAUGUUACAGAUAUACACUGUGGCAUUUCCUAUGGCUAUGGAGAUACUAAAUCAUUUACUGAAUCAAGAAUUAUUAGCGACAAGCUGCAUGAAAACCAUCAAAACCAUCCAGUUAAUCAUGAUCGAGGAGUUGAUUUAGCACAUUCUCCACUAAAUAUUACAGAACCAAGACUUAGUGACCUUAUUGGGGGAGGAAGGUGAGUGUCUUUUGCAAGGCUAGACAUUAUUCAACUACAUCAUCCAAAUAUUUUUGAUACUGGGCUCUAUAUUAUCUACUUUUUUGAUUUCUUCUAAAAGAACCAAACUUCAUUUAGUUCGUUGUUGAAUAUAUAUACAAGGAAUUGAAGAACAGAAGAGGAGAAGAGAGGAGAAUUUGUUUUAUUUUGUUUUUAAAAUCUUGCUUAUUUUGCUUGUUUCUAUAGCAAGGAACGAGAAAGAAUGUAAAGGAACAUGAUACAGUACAUCAUAAGAUUGUAAACAAUAUACAAAAAAGUGUUUCUAUUUUCCUUUC